ACACAUGAGAUAAAGGUGCUGCCUGACAGACCUCACUGAGGGACACACUGACCCUGGUGCUGCAGAGAGAAGACCGGAAGUGAGCAGGACUGGAGUUGUGAGCAAACUUCACGGGGGGUUUGACACAAUAACAUCGACGCCAUGGCCGAACAAGCUACAGAGCUCUCUGUGCCCGUCCCCUGGGGAGAGAUCAGAGGUAAAGUCUGGGGUCCUGAUCACGGGUAUCCUGUGCUGUGCCUGCAUGGCUGGGCUCACAACUGUGGUUCAUUCAGCACCCUCAUUCCCCUUCUACCCAAAGAGUGCAGGUAUGUGGCGGUGGACUUGGCAGGUCACGGUCUGUCGUCACAUCGCCCUCCUGGAGCUUUCUACUCUUUACACGAGUACGUGGCGGACGUCUGCAGAGUUGUCGACGCUCUGCAGCUGAAGAAACUCUCCAUCAUAGGCCACAGUAUGGGUGGUGACAUUGCUGGAAUGUUCGCCUCUCUGUUUCCUGAGAUGGUGGAGGCGCUCAUACUUCUGGACACUUUUGGGUUCCUGCCUACAGACACCACAGAAAUAUGCAGCGUGAUGAGACAGGGGUUGGAUGAGAUGCUCGUGUAUGAAAAAAAAACAGACACAAAGAAAAGAGUUUACACAUAUGAGAAGGCAGCAGAGAGGCUGUCGGCUGCAAACCCGACUCUGUCUGAACAGUCUGUGAGCAUCCUUUUAGAGCGAGGUCUCCUUCAAGUUGAAGGAGGAUUUGUGUUCUCCAGAGACCUGCGAGUUAAUUUUAAAAACAUAGAACGCAUCAGUUUGGAGCAGAGUCUGGAGUUCCAGGCGAGGAUUCAAGCCUCUCUUCUAGUUGUUCUAGCAGACAGCAGCUUUGAUAGAAUGUUUUCUGAACCAGCUCAGAGUAGAUUUACCACCGCACUCCUCCAGGGUUUGCGGGACAGAAAUCACACGGUGGUGACAGCACCAGGCGAUCAUUACGUUCAUCUGAGCAAGCCGGAAGUCGUCGCUCCAUUCGUGUCCGACUUCCUGCGAAGCAAAGUGCUCUCACGGUCGAUCCGAAAGCACAAGUUAUAAGAUAUAAACAGUCAAACACUCACAAAGUCACGUUGUACUGUUAUAUUGCCAGCAUAUAAUCCCUAUUAAAAGAUCUGUCUAGUUUUA